CGCGCCUAUUUUGGUGUGUUCAAAGUCUCCGCGGUCGCGAAACAUGGAUCGGUCAUGUUUCCAUCCACAAAUGCACAUGCCCUCUGCUGUCUUUUUCUUCGGUAUUUCUCUUCCAGGUUUGCAUCAAACUCCACUGCGGGGUUUCAGUGGUCGACAUUGGCCAUGUCAUCGCUUCGACCACCUUUUUGGAGCUUCUGACGAGGUACAUGACAUCGGAGGCAUUAUGCUUUACCAUGUGUCGCACGCUUAUCGAUUUCACACGGCUGCAUCGGCACCUGGAAAGUGGGCGCCCGUUUUUAAACUUGACAGGGACGACUGUCGUGUCGUGCAAGGCACCUGCCGACUAGCCGUAGCGUUCCAACAGGUCCGGGGACGGCCCGGGGAUAGCAGCACACUGACGUCAAUGCCACAAUGAGCUGAAGGAGAGCAAAUAGAGCUCCGUGAUAUAUCUUUGUGUUUGUGGCCAGUCUUGCACUUCCUGCAGAUAUUGUCGACAUUAUCUUUUGGGGAAGCAGCCGGUCACCCUACCUUUCGCAGUGCCCUCCUCAAUACAUCAGCAUUCGACCAACACCAUCGGUUAGCUGGGAUACUAUUGACUGAAAACAAGUUCCCAUCACUCGCCAUCAUUCCAAGUUCUGCGAUAAUAAACAUGGGCAACUUCCUCAAUCGCAAGCCGGUCCCGGCCCCGGAUGCGAACCAUCACACCCAUAGCGACUUGCACUCGGCGUCUUCUCGACCGAGUGUCGGUCAGUGGUUCAAGGCGACAUGGCUGGAUAUCUUGACCAUGGCUGCCCUUGGCGCCGUUGGUCUGGGUGUUUAUCACGCGAAACCAGCCCCAACCCGUUCGUUCCCCGUCACGUUUGCCGACGGCGAGAUCGUCUACCCCGAGUUCGGCUACCCUCUUCGCAAGGAGAUCAUUCCGAUCUGGCUCGCUGCGUUUCUGGCUUCUGUCAUUCCCAUUGUCAUCAUGCUGGUCAUGCAGAUCCGAAUCCGAUCGUUUUGGGACUUCAACAACGCAGUCAUUGGCUUGCUGUACAGCCUAAUCACCGCCGCCGUGUUCCAAGUUUUCAUCAAGUGGCUCAUCGGUGGCCUUCGCCCUCACUUCCUUGCCGUUUGCCAACCGGAUUUGUCUCUGGCUUCUAAUGCGGCCGGCGUCCAGGGAGCUGGGUACAAUGGACGGGGAUACACAGGCAUCUAUUAUACCAAGCAAAUCUGCACCGGCGAUGAAGAUGAGAUCAACGACUCGCUGGAAAGUAUGCCCAGCGGGCACACCACUGCCGCCUUUGCAGGCCUGAUCUUCCUCAGUCUCUACCUGAACGGCAAGCUGAAAGUAUUCUCGGAUUAUCACCCUGCCAUGUGGAAGCUGGUCGUUCUGUACGCACCUGUCCUCGGGGCCUGCUUGAUCGGAGGCGCGCUUACUAUCGACGAGUACCACAACUGGUACGACGUUUUCGCCGGCGCUGUUAUUGGAACUGUUUUUGCUUUCAGCGCUUACCGGAUGACGUAUGCCUCGAUUUGGGACUGGAGGUGGAACCACGUCCCGUUGAACCGCACAACGUCUUUUACCUUUGGACAUGGCGGCCAGCAAUACUUGGACGUGGGAACGUUUACGAGACGGGGCGCUUGGGGAGAGAAGCACGGGCUGACUGGUCAUCAUAAUGGGACGGCUGCUCACCACCAUGCGGCUCCUAUCGGGGCGACUACCGGAACGAAUAUUCCUCAGAACGGUGUCCAUGGCGACAAUAUGGUAUAG